AUGGCCGACAUAGUCGACGCAAACGAAUAUCUUAUUGAAUUCCUCGCGUCAGUUGACAAUUUACCCUCAGAGAUCAGACACCAUUCAUACGAACUAAAGAAUAAAGAAGACGAAAUAAAGGAAAUUCUCGAAAAUAUAAAAAUCAGAGAGAAGCGACUCUGGGCAGUGUUGGACGGCAUAAAAUCCGAUGCAUACUUUAGCUCGUCCUCUUCGGACAAUAGCAGGAGCGAACGAGAUUCAGAUUACGAGCCUUACUCGAGACGUCGACGAACUGCCAAGCGAGUAAAACGCACCCGAUUGUUUGCAGACGAAGACGAAGACGUUCUCGUGCAUAAUAUUCGAGCAGACUACCAAAGAGCGUCCCAAUUGCAAGAUGAAAAGUUGGCUAUUGCAAAUAAAAUGUCCCAACUAGUUGAGCGACAUGUCAAAAGAAUGGAUGAAGACUUUGAUGCUCUAUAUCCACAGCACAAUUUACGCGAUAAUAUUAUCCUGUCUUCGAGUCCAAAUGGAAUCAGUGAAGCAGUGGCCUCAUUACACACAGUUGCGCUACAGGAUGAGUCGCUCGAUUAUACAAGAGAGUGGAUGAAUACACAGAUAGUAGAAGGGGAACAAUUUUCUCUGCCGAUGCUGCCCAACCCGCGGAAUGUCGUUUCAGAUCGCCAAUUACGAGGAUGUCGUCGUAAUGGCGUAAAUGGAAAUAGACAGAGAAACACAAGAGCAUCAAUUUUGCCGACACCCCCUCCGAGUGCUACAAACGUAAUGACAAAUAUGGAUGCCCUGGUUGAUACUCGUCUUCAAGCAGCUAGUUCAUCCUCAUUACUGGAAGAUUCAACACUCACCCGAUCCUCAUCAUUUUCGCAAUCUUCUAUCUCUCAAUCGGAGCUCUCCCAAUCAUCAAUGUCGCCCUCGUUAUCCGAUGACGUUACUACGGUCUCUUAUCCUUUGAUUGAUCUUAACGUCGAACCAGACGAACAAGUCUAUUGUUACUGCCAGCGAGUAAGUUUUGGCGAGAUGAUUGCAUGCGACGGAGAACAUUGUCCGUUUGAAUGGUUUCAUCUUGUAUGUCUUGGCUUUACGGAAGUACCGAAAGGUAAAUGGUACUGCUCGGUCUGCGCGUCUGACUCGGAUGCUGGGACGGGUCAGAUAAAGAGGAAGAGAGGAAGACCUGUUGGAUCAGGUAGGUUGAAUGGUGGAGAUCUUCUGAUGAGAGAGUUGCUGGAAGGCUAUCCGGUAUCGGUAAACGAUGGGCUAAGAGAGAAACAGAAUGGGAAUCACACAACUUCAUCAGAGACAAAAUUAAUUGUAAAACCAGGGGCUAAUGCGUCAAAUAACAUAUCAUCUUCAUCUACCGUGGAUGCAGCUACCGUGUGUAUAUGA